AUGGCGUACGAAAACAUCACCGUCGACCGGCGCGGCCGGGUCGGCCUGAUCACGCUGAACCGGCCCAAGGCCCUGAACGCGCUGAAUGGCGCGCUGAUCGACGAGCUCAAUGCCGUGCUCGACAGCUUCGAGGCGGACGAGGAGAUCGGCGCCGUCGUCAUUACCGGGAACGAGAAGGCCUUUGCGGCUGGCGCCGACAUCACUGAGAUGCGGUCGAUGAGCUUCGUGGAUGCGCACGGCAGCGACUUCAUCGCCAAGUGGAACCGCAUCACCGCCUUCCGCAAGCCGGUCGUCGCGGCGAUCGCGGGCUAUGCGCUCGGCGGCGGCUGCGAACUCGCGAUGAUGUGCGACAUCGCGAUUGCUGGCGACAACGCGAAAUUCGGCCAGCCGGAAAUCAAGCUCGGCGUCAUCCCCGGCGCCGGCGGCACCCAGCGCCUCACCCGCGCCGUCGGCAAGUCGAAGGCGAUGGAGAUGAUCCUGACCGGGCGCAUGAUGAAUGCCGAGGAGGCCGAGCGCAGCGGGCUCGUGAGCCGUGUGGUGCCGGUCGCCGACGUCGUGGACGAGGCGAUCACCGUCGCCGAGCGGAUCGCGCACUUCUCCGCGCCCACCGUCGCGCUCGCCAAGGCAAGCGUCAACCGCGCCUUCGAGACCACGCUGGCCGAGGGCGUGCUGUAUGAGCGGGCGGUCUUCUACGCGAGUUUUGCCACCGAGGAUAAGAGGGAAGGUAUGGACGCCUUCAUCGAGAAGCGCGAGCCGGCCUUCACCAACCGUUAG